AUGGCUCUCAUUCCAGCACUUCAUGCCACAGAGCUGUUGCCAAGAGUUGUGAGCACCGGCAAGUCCUCCAUAAAAAAACAGAAGUUUCAAACAGAUAUUCAAGAGAAGCUUCAAACAGAUAUUGAAGGGAAGCUUGCCAUCACUGAAUACAGUGCCGAGUCACAACCCAAUUUGGCUUCCAUUAUUUCUCACUACCUCCAGACUCUAAAACACUACAACUUACGCAACUUGGGGUAUCCUACUAAUCAGGAUUUCAACUAUGACCCAUUACACCCGUUACUUGAUUUUCACCUUAACAAUGCUGGUGAUCCAUUUCUGGGCAGCAGUUUCUCCCUAAAUUCAACAAGUUUUGAAGUUUGGGUGCUUAAUUGGUUUGCAAGUAUUUGGGAGAUAGAGAAAAGUGAGUACUGGGGAUAUGUGACAAGUGGAGGAACCGAAGGAAAUCUUCACGGGAUUUUAGUAGGGAGAGAACAACUUCCUGAUGGGAUAUUAUACACCUCACAAGAUUCACAUUAUUCAAUCUUCAAAAUAGCAAUAAUGUAUCGAAUGAAGUGUGUGAAGGUUAGAACAUUAAUCUCUGGUGAGAUUGAUUGUGCUGAUCUGAAGGCUCAAGUUCUUGCACACAAGGAGAAGCCAGCCAUCAUCAAUUUAAACAUAGGGACGACUAUGAAAGGAGGUAUUGAUGACCUUGAUCUUGUAAUACAAACUCUGGAGGACUGUGGCUUCACUCCUGAUCGAUAUUAUAUUCACUGUGAUGGAGCUCUGUCUGGAAUUAUGUUGCCUUUUCUCAAACAAGCACCAAGGAUUACCUUUAAGAAACCAAUUGGAAGUGUGACUAUUUCUGGUCACAAGUUUUUGGGAUGUCCAUUUCCUUGUGGUAUACUACUAACUCGUUUAGAAUACAUGAACGCAGUAUCCAAAGAUGUUGAAAUUAUUGCUUCAAGGGAUGCCACGAUCACAGGUAGCCGUAGCGGGCAUGCUCCAAUUUUUCUUUGGUACGCUUUAAAAAGAAGAGGUUUAGUAGGACUCCAGAAUGAAGUGCAGAAAUGCAUAAUGAAUGCACAAUACUUACAAAAUCGAUUACUUCAUGCCGGAAUCGGUGCAAUGUUGAACAAAUUUAGCAAUGUCGUUGUCUUUGAAAGACCUUUAGAUUAUAACUUUUCCCGUAGGUGGAACUUGGCAUGCAAUGGUAAUAUUGCACAUGUGGUAGUGAUGCAACACAUCACCGUUCAAAUGUUAGACUCUUUUGUUCAUGAAUUUCUUCAAGAGCGAUCCAUUUGGUCUGAAGAAGGACGAUUUCAACCUAUAUGCGUUGCAAAUGAUAUUGGUGCUGCAAAUUGUGCUUGUAUAUUGCACCAUUCAAUAUCAUGAUCCAAAAUCUAUCCAUUAUUUA